GAAAAUUGAAAUGCCAAAAGUUAGGACAGCUCUUUACGUCUCUCUCUCUCUCUCAUUCCAAAACUUGAGCGAGUGUUUUGGCUUAAGACUUCCAUGGGAGACACCGAGAAGAACAUGGAAGAGAGUCUACUACAAAAAGGAAGAAAAGAUAAAAGAACCGAGACUCCAUCAAUAACAUGGGGUGUGCUCACUGAGGAGAUAAAGAGGUUGGGUUUCUUGGCAGCUCCUAUGGUGGCGGUGACUCUAUCACUGUACCUGUUGCAGGUCAUUUCAAUGAUGAUGGUGGGUCAUCUGGGUGAACUUGCUCUCUCUAGCACCGCUAUUGCCAUAUCUCUUUCUGUGGUCACCGGCUUCAGUCUUCUUUUUGGAAUGGCAAGUGCACUGGAAACUUUAAGUGGGCAAGCUUAUGGAGCUCAACAGUAUCGGAAACUUGGAGUUCAAACUUACACUGCUAUAUUCUCUCUGACCUUAGUCUGUUUUCCCGUGUCUUUGAUAUGGAUCUAUAUUGGGAAGUUUCUAACUUUGAUAGGCCAAGACCCUCUAAUUUCACACGAAGCUGGUAAAUUCACAAUCUGGCUUGUUCCUGCGCUCUUUGCAUAUGCAACACUUCAGCCACUUGUUCGAUACUUUCAGGCACAAAGUCUUGUCAAGCCAAUGCUUAUCAGCUCUCUUGCCACUCUUUCUUUUCACAUACCUCUAUGUUGGGCUUUGGUAUUCAAGUCUGGGCUGGGAAACGUCGGAGCAGCAUUAGCUAUUAACAUUUCAUAUUGGUUAAAUGUGAUUUUGCUUGGAUUAUACAUGAAGUACUCUUCUGCCUGCGCAAAAACUCGAGUUCCAAUUUCUAUGGAGCUGUUCCAAGGAAUUGGGGAGUUCUUUCAAUUUGCCAUCCCUUCUGCUAUAAUGAUUUGCCUUGAGUGGUGGUCGUUUGAGCUGCUUAUUUUAGUGUCUGGGCUUUUACCCAAUCCACAGCUAGAAACUUCAGUGCUUUCUGUAUGUCUCACAACCAUCUCAACACUCUAUAUGAUACCAUACGGACUUGGUGCUGCAGCAAGUACAAGAGUUUCAAAUGAAUUAGGAGCAGGGAACCCACAAGCUGCUCGUGUAGCUCUCUUUGCUGUGUUGUUUCUUACAGUCACAGAGACAAGUAUAGUGAGCAUAACCCUUCUUGCCAGCCGGCAUGUUUUUGGUUACACUUUUAGCAAUGAGAAGGAAGUUGUGGACUACGUAACAAUCAUGGCUCCUCUCGUUUCUGUAUCAAUUAUACUUGACAGCUUACAAGGGGUUCUUUCUGGUGUUGCUAGAGGAUCUGGGUGGCAGCAUAUAGGGGCUUAUGUCAACCUGGGGGCAUUCUAUCUUUGUGGAAUUCCAGCUGCUGCAGUACUGGGUUUCUGGGCGCAGUAUAGAGGAAGGGGCCUUUGGAUUGGAAUACAAACUGGUGCUUUUGUUCAGACUGUUUUGCUCUCUAUUGUAACAAGUCGUACAAACUGGGAAAAACAGGCUAGCAAGGCAAGGGAGAGGAUAUUUGCGGGGAGACUUCCCAAAGAUAAUGAUACAAGUCAGCAGGGAAUUUUGGUCCGCUAAAGUUUCUUAUUAUUGAAGUUGUAAGGAGAAACAUUGCUUAUGAAUGACCUUAUCAGCUUAAUAUCUCUUUUUCGUCUGUCUUUGUUUCUGUUGGCCCCAAAUCACUCUAAAUUAUAUCGCUGUAACAAAUUUGAACUUAAGCGUGGAAAAUGGACUGACGUGAGCGAGCAGAUGAUUUUGAUGUCC